CCUCCCACCUGUGCCCCUGCCGUACUCUUUACCGCUCCUUUCCCGGGUCUGGGUACCGAAGACGCGACAACCACCACGCCGCCCACCAAGCUGAGCUGUCCGUCUGGACGGGGUUCUUUCCUGCUUGGGUCGGUGGUCUAGACCCCAUCCCAGCCCUACUGGCUUCGCUUCUAUUUUCAGACGGCCUCUCUCUUAAUUAAGUCCCUUAACUGCCCCGGCUCACCUCACAUUUUAACUCAAAUUUUUCUACUGUUAACGGUGAAAUCCUCUGCUGCAGCGAAUAAGCUGGUAGUGGGGAUGAACCCAGGCAGGGCCUUCGGCGCCGAGCUAGUUAACGUGUUGUGUUGCCAACCCCUUUUACGGGCUUUCAUUUCCUAGGCUGGCCUUGAGCUUGUGGGAGCCUCCUGUCUCGCUCGCCCGGAAGGCUCCGACUACACGGGACCACCGCGGCCGGCUGGGAUGGCCUUGUAUUUUACAUCAUCUGUGUGGAACCAAGGACAAGGCCUUCUCCUUCUCUGUCCAUGUUUUGUUUUUCCGUUUUCUCUUUCUUUCUCUCGCUGUGCUGGAGUUUGAGCCGCGGGGCCUUGAAUAGGCUGAGCAAGUACUCUACCGCCGAGCUACACCCCCAGCCAGUUCCCUUGUUUUCAAUUUUGAGACAAAGUCUGCCCACAUUGCCUGAUUGCCGCUGCUUUGAUGGCAGCACCCCUGUCCAUGCAGCAGCAUUUUCAGGCAGUCAGUGGAUCCUCAGUAAACUACUGGAUGCAGGGGGUGACCUGCGGCUUCAUGACGAGAAGGGUCAAAACCCACAGACCUGGGCGUUGGCAGCUGGGAAGGAUCGCAGCACCCCGACCAGGAAGAAGCCAAGGGAAGAAAACAAAGAGACCAAAAGAAAGUAGCUGCCUUGGUUGUGGCUAUAAAAAGAAUAGACUUCUUAAAUCUGAGUUGUGGAGCUCCAAGAAGAGAUCAACAACUAAAUUCACUUACUACUGCUGCAAAAAGCCAGGCCACCUUAAGAGGGACUGUUAUUAAAACAUCUGUCAUAGCCAGGUGUGGUGGCACAUGCCUUUAGUCCCAGCACUCAGGAGGCUGAGGCAGGAGG